GUAGCCCCGGCUGCAGGAGUCUGCAGACAGCUGACACUACUAACAGAUGAAAAACUGAUGCCACUAAAUAGCUACCACCCAGGUAGUGCCCAUAUAGGUUUUCUGUCCUCUUAUUCCUUUCUAUCACCAGGGCGGCAGCAGGAGGAAUGUCCAUUGCGGGUGUAUCUUCUUGUCUGCCUAAUCUUACUGCACACGGAACGAACACCGGAGCUCCGAUAUAGAAAUAGUGUAUUCUAUAGUUAUCUCCUCUGGAGACUGGGCCAUGCAUAAACACGUGUGGCCGGUCACAAACCAUAUAUUUACUGCCUUGAGUGAGGUGGAAAUUUGCGCCCCGUGCAGCCCUCACAGCGGGGAACAGUGUCCAGUCACACACCGGAGACCUGUGCCAGGGGCGGAGCCUGCAGGGCGGGAGAGGAGGGAAGUUUGAAAGGCGCCUUGUCUGCCCUCAGCACAUGAAGGGACAGCUGCAGCUUCCGUAUUAUCUUCUGCCCUGUGCACAGCAGUCACUCCACAAGCGGGCGGGAUCGCUGGAAUGGACGCACUGCUGCACCGUCAACCCUUCUAGUUCUCGCCAUUCUAUGGUCGCCCUGACGAGUUUCCAGCAGGAUGGAGGAGUUGGCUGGAAGGUUGUGUGAAGCGGUGGAGAAUGAAGACGCCAAAUUUGUGGUUAUAUUAUCUUUUCUCAGGGAAGUUGAAAAUCUGUUGAAGAAUGGAGCAGAUCCGAAUUUAGUUCUUUCUACUGGCAUUGCAGCCAUUCACCUUGCUUCAGGAAAGGAGAACGAGUGUGCCUUGAGAUGCUUGACACUGAUUUUGCAACAUGGUGGAAAUCCCAAUGUCAGGUCUACAGAUGAUCUGACCCCAGUACAUGUAGCAGCUUCUUGGGGUUGUUGUAAGGCUCUGAUCUUCUUACUGCGGAAAGGUGGCAACCCUUCUAUUCAGGAUCAGGAUGGGAAUACAGCACUGGACUUGGCCUUAAUGGAGAAUAACAGGAGGUGUGUUGUCACUCUUCAGGAACACAAAGAGAGAAUGUCUGAUCAAUUGGCAGAAUUGGAUGAAAUACAUGGAUGUCCGAUGAAUUAUUCCUCUAUACUAGAUGAACUGAGCUGCAUUACACUACUCCUUGAAUCAACCUAUGAGAACUCUCCAUUAAACAGUACCAAAAUCUCUCCUUUGAUUUUAGUUCCCAAAACUGUGACACCAAAUAACCACAUGGAUAAUGCAGCAACAUCUGUUCCAGAGGAAAUAACAGUUAUGUCUACAAAAGAGGAAUGCAGAAGAGAAGAAAUCAAUUAUUGCACUAAAAUAAUGAAAGAUAAAUUUAAUCCAACAGAAACUGUUCCUGUCACAAGGACGUUACAAAGUAGUCACUGUAGUGAAUACUUUUCUACUUGCGAGGAAUCCAAAAUUACCUUAGAUAACUCAUUCAAAAGCAAAAAAAUUGAUUGUGAAGUGUCGAUUAAGACUCGCCAAUUGGUUGACAACAACUGUGAAAGUAAUACUAGAAAUACAGUACAUAAGGUAAUGACCCUGAACAAUUCUGUACGCAGCAAUAUCAAAUCAUCAGAACAGCAAUAUAUAAAGAGUAAACCAGAAUUAGAUCACAUUAUAAAAGAUAUUCAGGUUUUUGAAAAACUCAAAGGAUUGGAUGUAACCUCUCCAGACCAUGCUUACACCUACAACAAAGAAUACAAUGAUGGUGACAUGGACAAGACUUCAAUUAUGUGUGGCAAUACUUCUGAGAAGGAAGUAAGGAGUAAGUAUAGGGAAUGUAAUACAAACCCAUGGAAUAGUGAUGAUCGACAGUGGGUCUUCGAUAAAAUUAACAAUUCCUUAAAGGAAUCAAAUGGCAAUGGUAUCUGUACAGGCCUUUCAAAGAAAUAUACAGGCAGCACCAUACAUGCACAUGGUUCAGGACCUGUAGAUGCCUGGAAAGAAGAUAACAAAGCAAUUGAAAUGGACGAAUUAACAGGUGCUCGCACACAAAUUGAUGGUGAAAGGAGCUGUACACUUACAGUUGAGUGUACAAAGAAAACUGUAAGAGCCUUGGAAAUGCAAUGCACUUCAUCAUCCACUCUGCCUGUUAAAGCUAUUAAUUCUGAACAUGGCAGCCAGGAUUUGCAAAUUCAGUUAAGGAACUUGUUAAUGUCUACAAAACCCUGCCAUAGGAUUGGAUUAGAAGCAGCAUGUGUUGACACUGCUAAAUUAAAUGUUGAAACAGAAUCAACACAACAUAGCCAUAUCCCCAGCCAGAAAGUGAUAGAUGUCAAUUCCUCCUCUUCUAGUAGCGCUGAAGAUACAUUUAUUAUAGGAUCCCAAAAACAUUAUGUAUCCAAAAAAGAAGUGUCUGAACUUCAUGAACACUUAAAUAAAAUGAUGUUGGAAACUAAGAAUUUUCUUCCACAAUCCAUAAAUAAUGAGGAUAAAAUCCCCUUCUUUACACCACGUACUAAAAGCAGACUUCAUUCUUACAAAUUUCGCCAGAAUACUUCACUAUUCGAUGACUCUGUGAAAAUGCCUAAACGAGGAAGGCGAGUGAGGAGUCCAGAUGGCCUCCUGGGGCCUUCCAAAUGUGAUCCUCCACCAAAUAAAUUUCCUGAUAUGACACACAAAGUGAUUAAAAUGUCAAAUACAUCUGGUACUAUUAAUACUUUGGCCUGUAAUUCACCAGAGUUGACCUCAACAAACAAAAUUACACAGGAUCAUAGGAAAAAACUCUCUGAGCCAGAAACAGCGCUCAAUAUUACCAACUUUCUUACAGAUGACCUUUCUUCAGAGACAGAAGAAAGAUCUUCCCGUCAUUUAAAGCAAACCACUAGUAACAAUUAUGCGGUUGGUGAAGGCUUUGACAGUGAAUGGCUAACAGAAGAUGGUGAAUCUGAGUUUAGCGGAGUUGCUGAUCUUAAAAAUGGAAAAGCAAGUUCAACCAUGGAAAAUAAAUUAUUGCCUGAAUCCUCAUAUAAUGAUUUUUUUUUUCAUAGUACAUUAAUAGAAGACAAAGCUGUGAACAGCUGCAAAGUUCCACGGUACAGCUUCAGUAAACUUUCUUGCAUUUCAAAAACUGAUGAAAGUACUGUAUCGUUAUGUCUAAGUACAGUCCAUGAUGUCAGCCAGGAAGUGCCAUUAUCACCUGGUGGACGUCCAAUAAAUGUAAGCCAAGCAGAGCCUGUUGAAUAUCUUUAUAAAGAUAACGAAAAAGGACAUGUACUUAUCGAAAAACAUUUGCCUUCUAUAGAUCAGUCUGACACGGAUACUUCAGAAAAUUCAAACAAUACAAUACUAUAUGACUGGAGAGACUAUAAAAGUAACACUGUAACCAUAAACAAGGCCUCUUCUUUAAAUUCACCUAAUAGAGUGGCUGUAGAACUCUACAGAUUGUCCAAUAAUGAAAUUGCCAGCCGAUUAAUUGGGCUUGGAGAAGAUCCUGGACAAGUAACCACACAAAAUCGAAAAAUGUGCAUUUUAUUAUUAGACAAGCGUUUAAAAGAACAAACUUCAAAUAAACCACAAGGUUUGUCCUUUGAAUAUAGCCCAGAACUCUGUUUAGCCUUACACACCUUUAACAUUCCGGACUGCAGCAAAGAUGAGGCAGAGCUUUCACAAGAAUUUGACCAACCGGAUAAAACACGAAAGUGGAGAGAGGGUGUCUUGAAAUCAAGUUUUAAUUACUUAUUGUUGGAUCCCAGGGUCACUCAAAAUCUUCCAUCUCGUUGUCAAGACUUAUCAAAACUAGAUUGCUUCCGUACUUUUGUCAGCGCAGUUUUUUAUGUGGGAAAAGGAAAGAGAUCUCGACCAUACUGUCAUCUAUACGAAGCACUAACUCACUACAAAGGUAGCUGCAAACAGCCUUGUUCCAAAGUACAGCAUAUUAUUGAUAUUUGGAAAAGCGGUCAAGGUGUGCUGUCUCUCCAUUGUUUUCAAAACACUAUCCCAGUUGAGGCAUACACAAGAGAAGCCUGCAUGGUGGAUGCCAUUGGGUUAAAAAUGCUAACUAAUCAAAAGAAGGGUAUCUACUAUGGACAGGCCCAAAACUGGACACUGACACGACGACGUUGUCUUGGAGUGCAUAUGCUUUAUAAAGCGAUGCAGAUUUUUCUGGCUGAAGGGGACAGACAGCUUCGUCCACCAGACAUACGUUCAGGACAAUGAUAUGAGGGACAUUAUGUGAGCUAAAAUUAUUUGAAACAUUUUUUAUACCCUGGAGACAGCAUGCUCAUUUUUAAAAAUGGUUGGCUUAGCUUUAUUUUAAGCAACAGCUAAUAUAGAUGAAUAUAUAAGUUAUAAAAGGAUUCAUGGUAUCAAUAAUAUCAGCAGUGAGUGUGCAAGAAAUGCCUAAUGCUAGUCGGUUUUUUGUUAGUGCAGUUUGUCUGAGAUCCGAGAGCAGCACGUACAUUCAAUGUUUUACAAGUGAGUACCCCUCUCGCCUUUUUGAAAAUAUUUUAUAUCUUGAAGAAAUUACCCUCUGCUACCUGUAUAACAGUGUUUUAAUGUUCCGUCCCUUCAAAAUAACACAACACACAGCCAUUAAUGUCUAAACCUUGGCAACAAAAGUGAGUACACCCCUAAGUAGAAAUGUCCAAAUUGCACACAGUGUCUAUUUUAUGUGGCCACUAUUUUCCAGCCUUUUGGCCAUGAAGUUCACCAGAGCUUCACAGGUUGCCACCGAAGGCCUCACGAAACUGGUGGAUGUUAGAGACACUGCGCUCCCCCACCUUCCGUUUUGAUGUUGCCCCACAGAUGCUCAAUAGGGUUUUAAGUCUAGAGACCUACUUGACCAGUGCACCACCUUUAACCUCAGCAAUGCAGUGGUCGUCUUAGAGGUGUGUUUGAGGUUAUUAUAAUGUUAAAAUUCUGCCCCGUGGCUCAGUCUCUGAUCGUGGGGAUCAUUCUGUCCUUCAGUAUGUCACAGUACAUGUUGGCAUUCAUGGCUCUCAUUUAACUGUAGCUCCCCAGUGCCAUCAGCACUCUUGCAAGCCCAGAUCAUGACAAUCCCACCAUCAUGCUUGACCGUGGGCAAGACACACUUGUCUUUGUACUACUCAUCUGGUUGCCGCCACACACUUUUAUGCCAUCUGAACCAAAUAAAAUGUAUCGGUCUCAUUGGGCCACAGAACAUGGUUCCAGUAAUUGAUGUCCUUAGUCUGCUUGUCUUCAGAAAACUGUUUGGGGGAUUUCUUGUUAUUCACAAAUAGAAGGGAUUUUUUUUCUGGGACGACAGCCAUGCCGAUCAGUUUGAUGCAGUGUGUGGUGUAUGGUCUAAGCACUGACAAGCACAGACAGUUCAUCUUGCCAAAUUCUGUGGUAAUGCUGGCAACACUUAUGUCUUUUUUUUAUUUUUUCCCAAAGACAGCCUCUGGAUAUAAUGCUGAACACAUUCACUUCACAACUUCUUUGGUUGACUAUGGCAAGGCCUGUUCUAUGUGGAACCUGUCCUGUGAAACCUCAAUAUGGUCUUGCCCAUUGUUCUGCAACUCUUUUUUUUUUUUUUUUUUUUUUUCCUGAGUCUUGAAAAUCUUCUUAUAGCCUAGGCCAUCUUUAUGUAAGGCAAAAGUUUGAGAUCCCCAUAGUUUUUUUGCCACAGGGUGUCACAUUGAACUACCAGUGACAAGAAUUUGAGUGUGAGAGCGAUAACACCAAAUUUAAGAUAGCUGCCCCCCGUUUUACACCUGAGACCUUAUAACGAUAAUGAAUCUAUACUAUAUGAGAUACUGUGUGUUCCACAGUUGUCAUUUUUUUAUAUAGGGUUGGGGCAAUUCCUGCUUAAAUGCACAUAGCAAUGUGUGUUGUGCAAAAAUGGCAAAAAAAAAUAACGUCUGUCAAUAAGAAAAAAAAUACAAGAUCCAGAAUUAGGGGGGAAUCCACAAAAACAGCCUCCUAAUGCAUCAAAUAAAAUAAAUCCCUCACAUUUUUUUUUCUUUUCAUCAAGCUAUGGUAUUGCUUAAUACUUUUUUAUUUAUGGCAUAAAAAGCCAUUCCAUACAAAGCCCACAAAUCUGACUGACUAAUUUCUGGCUUUUCACACACUGUUAACUUAAGGUUUACUAUAGGCCAGUAAAGAAAAGUAAAACAAAAAACCUAUGUAUGUUUUUAUUUGUAUGUGUAAACCUUUAAAAUAGCUUCCACUGUGAACAUGCACAUUGACAGACAUGAAUUUUUUAACCAAAAUUAAUAAUCGGAUGUUAUUUUUCAUUGGAUGAUGUUGGCAAGCUGGACUUGCACUAAGUAUUUUUUUUCUAUAGUUAUUUUGAGUACAUCAUGCAGACAGUAUUGUUAAAUUAAGACUAAUUGCGAAUAGUUAAUUGAAAUAAUGUCCUACUUCAAAGCAAUAAAGGGUAA